AUGAAGGAUUUAAACAUUGGUGGUAAUGAAGAAGAAGAAUUAUCUUCAAGUUCUGCGAAAUGUUCCCUAACAGAAAAACUGAAUUUUUAUUCCGACCGUUUCCAGAUCCCCACGUUAUUCCUGGGCCUGUUGGCCGCAGGACACUGCGAUGAGAAGACCGCAAAGCCGGUCGAGGCUAAAGAGUCCACGGUCGAGAAGAAGCAGGACAAACGUGGUCUCAGUGGCCUCGAGGGAAGCUACAAUGGCGGUGACAUCGGUGGCGGUGACGGCGGUGGACACGAAUUGUCCCUAUCCGGCGGCGGUGGUGAUUACUCGUCCGGUUACGGUGGCGGUGAAUACGCCUCUGGUUACGGCGGCGGUGGCUACGGUGGCGGUGGCGGCGGUGGCUACGACGAGGGCGGCAAAGUCAAAGAGAUCACGAUAGUGAAGAGCGUCAAGGUGCCGUAUCCAGUCGAGAAGAAAGUCCAUUACCCAGUGGAGAAAGAGGUACCCUAUCCGGUAAAAGUUCCCGUGCCGCAGCCGUACCCAGUCGAAAAGAAGAUCCCAGUACCCGUGAAAGUACUCGUCAAGAUACCCGUGCACAUACCGCAACCGUACCCAGUGGAGAAGAAGAUCCCGUACCCGGUACAAAUACCGGUAGAGAGACCGGUACCGUACAAAGUUUACAUCCCGCAACCGUACCCGGUCGAGAAGAAGGUCCCGUAUCCCGUGAAGGUACCCGUCCCUCAACCGUACCCGGUGGAGAAGCCAGUACCAUAUCCAGUGAAGGUCAUCGAGCACGUACCCCAACCGUUCCCAGUCGAUAAACCGGCACCGUACCCGGUGCACGUGACCGUCGAUCGACCGUACCCGGUCCACAUAUCAAAACCGUACCCGGUUCCGGUCGAGAAACCUGUACCAGUGCCGGUCGAGAAGGUUGUACCGUAUCCAGUGAAGGUCCACGUCGAUCGACCGGUAGGUGUACCCGUGGAGAAGCCAGUACCGGUCGAAGUCAAGGUACCGGUACCCGCUCCGUACCCGGUGGAAAAACACGUACCCUAUCCGGUCGAGAAGCCUGUACCGUACGCGGUUAAGAUACCCGUUGAACGACCCGUUGCGGUGUCGGUCGCGAAACCGGUACCGGUGGAGGUAGCGAAACCGGUGCCGUACCCGGUCAAAGUACCCGUAGCUGUACACCAUCAUGACGGUGGAUACGGCGGUGGCGGUGGAUAUGGCGGU